AUGUUCGGAUCAGUGAAUAGUAACAAUAGAUUCAAUAAUGUUUCUAUAUUAUCGCCUCAACCACCAUUAGACCAGCAUCAGCAAGUGCAACAGCCUGGCUCUGCACUACAACAAGCGCAGCAACAACAACAACAACAACAACAACAACAACAACAACCACAGCAACAACCACAACAACAGCAGUAUCAACCACAACAACAACAACAGUAUUCUGCAUACACUUCUAAUUUGAAUCAGCAAAUGCUAUCCCAAGAUGGAAAAAAUGUUUCCUGGUAUAACAACCCCAAGAAAAGAGUAUUACCGCAAGGUAUAGUGAAAAGAACUGUGAGAGGUAGAGCUUCCUCUCCUGAUAGAAAUCAAAAUUCAGACGGUACAAUAAGUAAAACUAAUCAAUCUGGAUUUAAUAGUCUGUCAUUUGGAUCCAAGAAACCUUCUGAUUUGUUUGAUCCACUACAGAACAUGAAAGGUACAGAUCCUAAUAAUGGUAUAUUUACAGAUUCAAAUGAGGCACCUCCAAUGGUAUCUAUUCAUGAUUGGCAAAGAGAAGAUGAAUUUGGUUCUCUACCAAUUUUACCAUCACAAAAGGAUGGCUUGUUUGCGACUAACAAUCUAAAUAACAUAAAUGACAGUAGAAUUCAGAAUAACAAUAAUAGUAAUAAUAAUGGCUCUGUAUUUUCUAGGACGACUCCUGCAACAGCAGAUAAUUCUAAGCUUUCUGUCAAUGCAUUUGAUAAAGAUGAAAAAUUCAAUAAUAUUUUCGGAUCACAAGUUUUAAAUAAUAAUGUUAAUCAAGUAACCGAACAAGAUCAAUCAAAAAAUCCGGUACCACAAUCCAAUGAAACUGCAGUGGUGGUAUUUGGGUAUCCUGAAUCUAUCUCAAAUUUAUUACUUACACAUUUCUCUCAUUUUGGUAACAUAUUAGAGGAUUUUAACGUAUUAAGAACUGCUUCAGGUAUAAAUGUAUCUGCAUUGAGAAACCAUUCAGAUCCAAAGACAGAAAAGAAAUAUCCCAUCUUUACUGGUGAUGGGUGGGUGAAAAUCACAUACGAUUCACCCUCUGGUGCCUUACGUGCCCUUCAGGAGAACGGUAAUAUAUUCGCAGGUUCAUUAAUAGGUUGUGUACCAUACACUAAAGCAGCAAUAGAGCAGCUAGCGUCCUGCAAAAUUGAAAAGAAUGAUAACAUUGGUGAAAGCAACAUUUCCCCACCAACCCCGCACACGCCGAUCUUAUUGGAUAAUUCGCCAAGUACACACAAUAUAAAUAUUGACGAUGGAAGUAGUACCAUCGCAAAUAGUAGACUUCCUAAGGAAGCAAGCCUGCUAACCUCUUCAGAAAACGAUGAAGGAAAACCUUCAGCACUUUCGACUACUGACAAGGAAUCGUCUACAACGAAUGGUAACACGUUAUCAUUUUCAAAUAAUCCACGUCGUUUACAUAUUAAAGAUGGGAAGUCAUUGUUCGUCCAUAAUACCACGACUAAUAACAAUGGACUCUAUCAACAUUUGGAAUCAACAAUGCGCCAAAAGGAAAAUAUGGAUAAGCAAAAUAAGAAUAAAAAUGGAAGUAUACUACAUUCUGUUAAUAAUUGGUUAUUCGGUUGGAAUGAUUUGUGA